CCUGCGUAGAACCGUAGAACAUUGCUGGUAGCCCUUAAUACGUCCAUCUGUGGCCGGCUAAACCCGCCGUCCCCAAACCCCGCUCCGACGGCUGUUUCCGUGCUUGCAAAUCCAUUUCAUGGCCUUCGCCUCCACCGCCUCCGCCUAGCCCACUGCUUGUCUAGGGUUUCGGGUUCCGAGAUUGAAGCCGCCGCCGCCGCCGCCGCUGCCGCUGCCCCAAUGCCUAGCUCUCCGGAGCAAGUCGUGAGCGAGGUCGGCAAGCGCCUCGCGGAGCCACGACUCGGCAAGGACGCCCUCGUCAAGCUCCUCAAGCAAGCUGAAAAUGCUUUAUCAGAGUUGAGUCAGUCCUCCUCUCUGCAUGAUACUCUACAUCCUUUGAGUAAAUCUCUGGUCCAGACCACUUUACUUAGCCAUAAGGACAAGGAUGUCAGACUUCUCGUUGCUGUUUGCUUUAUUGAAGUCAUGCGGAUCCUUGCACCUGAUCCACCUUUUACUGACAAAGUAUUUAAGGAAAUAUUUAGGAUCUUCAUCAGUGAAUUUGCAGGACUCGCUGAAACUAGCAGUCCAUAUCUUACAAGAAGGAUGAAAAUAUUGGAAAAUGUUGCCGCACUUAGAUGCUCUGUAAUUAUGCUCGACACUGGUUGUCAGGACUUGGUUCUUGAUAUGACCAAAAUUUUCUUCUCGGCAGUGAAGCAAGGUCUUCAGCAGUGUGCACACCAGGCUAUGCUAUCGAUAAUGACACAAAUAUUAAAUGAAAAAGUUACUCAACCUCUUCUAGAUGUGAUUUUCCGCAAUUUAGUAAGAGAGGACAAGGGAGCAUCCCACAAGCUCGCAGUUGACAUAAUUCAAAACUGCGCCGAGAAAUUGGAGCACAUGGUUCGAAAUUUUUUGUCAUCAUGCAUUUUGAACAAGGAUGCUGCAGUUAAUGAACACUGGAAACUGCAUCAUAAAAUUAUUUUGGAAAUAUUCCAGUGUGCACCCCAGAUGCUUUUUGCUGUUAUUCCGAGCCUAACACAUGAACUCCUGAGUGACCAGGUUGAUAUCCGACUGGAGGCAGUACACCUGAUUGGGAGGCUUCUUGUCUUCUCUAAUCUUCGCUUCAGUGAAGAAAACCAGUAUGUCUUUGUGGAGUUCUUGAAGAGAUUCUCUGACAAAUCUGCAGAAGUAAGAAUAGCUGCAAUUGAUGCAGCAAAAGCCUGCUACAUUGCUGUAUCAUCUGGAAAUGUAGCACGGGAUAUUCUUAAGGCACUUGAAGGAAGGUUAUUGGAUUUUGAUGACAAAGUGAGGAUCCGAGCUGUUUAUGCAGUCUGUGAUUUAGCCAAAUCAAAUCUAAGCUCGUUUCCUUUUGAGUUGAUAUUACAAGCAGCAGAGAGGCUACGUGACAAAAAGAUAUCUGUAAGAAAGAAUGUAAUGCAUAAGUUGCUGGACCUAUAUCGAGAUUACUGUGAGAAAUGCUCCAAAGGAACUGCCACAAUUAACACUCACUAUGAACAAAUCCCUGCUAAACUGAUUGUUCUUUGUUUUGACAAAGAUUGUGAAUCCUUCAGGCCACAAAAUAUGGAGCUCAUACUUGCUGAAGAACUCUUCCCGUCAUCACUUUCUCCAAAAGAAAGAUCAAGGCAUUGGGUUGAGUUUUUUUCUUAUUUCAAAUCACAGCAUGCCAAAGCUUUGGGCAUCAUAUUUUCUCAAAAAAGAAGGUUUCAAUUGGACAUGCAAGCAUAUUUAUCACUUCGAGCAAAGAAGGAGGAACCUUCAGCUGAAAUACAGAAGAAAAUUAGUGUGUUGUUUAGAAAGAUGUCAGCUUCCUACAAAGAUACUUCUAAAGUUGAAGAGUGCUUUGAAAUUUUGCAGCAGAUGAAAGAUAAUAACAUAUUUAAGGAUUUAACUGAACUGAGCAAAGAGAGCACUACUUCUGCGACAGUUCGAUCGACCAGAGAUUCAUUUCUCAAGAGAAUUGGUAGCAAACACCCAAUUUACAACUUCUGCAAAGAACUGUCUAUAAAAUUCUCACAUUCAAUAUUAAACUGUGAUAUUAUCUGUGCCAUUUUGGAGUCUCUUCUGCCCCUCAGAAAUGAAUCAACCAAUUAUACAGAGUCUGCAUGUGAUCUUUUAUUGCUAGUUGCGAUGAUGUUUCCAUCAUUAUUCCAAGGCUCAGAGGAGUACUUGCUAAAGUUGUUCUCAGAAGAAUCAGUCCUCAUAAAUGAGAAGACUCUCCAAAUGUUGGCAUAUUUGUCCAAGUCAGUCUGUCAUUUAUCUGUUAAUUUGAGUAGUGAUGUCUACAUGUUACUGGAGCAGAAGUGUAUUGAAGGAACACGUGCUGAGUCGAAGUAUGCCAUUUCCGCAAUUGCUUCACUGAUCCAGUCCCCAGAUGACAAGAAAUUUGCCAAAUUAUGUGAGAAAGUUGUUGGUGGUUUACAUGAUAAUCUUAAUGUCCCAACACUACUGCAGUCUUUGGGCUUAAUAUUGGAGCAUUCUCCUUGUAUGUACAUGUUAUAUGAUGACCAAAUUAUCAGUUUUGUUCAGCAUGUUUUUGUCUCACCUGAGUUUGUUUCAACACCUGGACUGUCAUCUCUCGAUGAAGAUUCGACAUGCAGUUUCUCUUGCAAACUCAAGAUUUAUUGUCUCAAAGCACUCGUCAAAAGUUAUUUACCAAGAACUACUGCCCGUGAUCGAAUAGAGCAUUUCUUCAAGAUGUUGCUAGAUAUAAUUCGUGAAGAAUUCAAACCCAUUACUAUAUGUGAAAGCGAUAAGCCGCAUCUGAGACUGGCUGCUGGGAAAUCUGUAUUACGACUAGCUACAAGAUGGGAUUCACACAUUUCGCCAGAAUUAUUUCGCAGUGUCCUGCUCAUGGCAAGGGAUUCUUCAUAUAUUGUCCGUAAGUCAUUCAUUUGCAAGCUUCAUGGCCUUUUGAAGAAGCAUGCAAUCCCUGUUAAAUAUGCAUGUGCUUUUGCAUUGGCAUCUACAGAUUACUCCGGAGAUGUUCGUACUGAAUCACAUAGGUACUUAACCGAAGUACUAAAGGAGCAAAGGGGACUUUCUGUUCAUCAGAACAGCGCAAACAAAGAUUCGAUUGUAGGGCAUCCAUCAUAUGCUGUGGUUUUCUUGAUCCAUACCCUAGCAUAUGAGAUGGAGUUUCCUUCCAGCUUCUCUGAAAAGGAGAUUGGGUCUGCUGAGUUUUGGAGCCCACUUGUUCUGAUGUUGAGGGAGCUAGUUGAAAUAGACAAUCUAAAACGAGUUGAGCAUGGCCUCACCACGAGUUCUGUAUCCAUUCUUUAUGGAAUCUUUAAGGCUGUUCAGAAGGCUGAGGAUCUGGCUGAUUCUGAUAUCACUCAUAAACUGCACAUUCUCUCGAAAAUUGGUUUGCUUAUGAUAAAGGAACUUGAUAAGAAUUGCACGAUGUCAGAUUCUCCACGCCAUAUUCUCUUGCCCUCAUCUUAUUAUAGAUUAUUAUCUCGGAGUGAGAGAAAAAUGGAUGAAUGCUGCCAAGGAGAGAUAAUUACUGCUAGUUUUGUGAAGAGAAUUCUAAAAGCUCACGAACCUUAUAAUCAUCAGCGUGAAUUUCAGGAUGAUACUAAAUGUUCUAUUACUGCCGAGAGGGUAUCUAAUGAACCUGCUCCUCAAAGGGAAGGUUGCUCCUCAUUAAACAAAAUAGCCAGUGGUCAUAAUAAAGUGAAAAUGAAGAAAAGUUCAGUACCGGGGGAAGUUGUCUCCAAGAAAAAUGAUCAGAAUAUUCACAGCUUGGAAAAAGAUAGGGUGUCAUCUUGUGGUUCAGCUGGCACAAAGUUGUCAUCUCCAGGCUCUUUAGGCUUAACUAUGGAAGAUGAUUCUAGAGGUCGUGCAUCACUCUUAGAAAAACAGAAUCGUCCAACGACUAAAAGUUCCACUAGGGAGAAAGUAUCUUUGAAGGCAGAUCAUAACUACUGUAGCCUCAUGCCGGUGGAAGAUGCAGGUGAAAUGCUUGUUGGGCGUCACAUUAGAUUGUGGUCGGCAAUGCGUUAUAAUGAUGGAACUGUUAAGGCAUAUGACGAACAAAAUGGCUUUCACGAGAUUGUCUAUGGAAAUGGCGAUAAGGAGUUCAUUCGUUUGGAAUCUCAGAAGUGGGAGUUCAUUAAUGAGACAAUGUCAGCAGAGGACAUUCCCGAUCAUUGUCCCAGAAAUGGUGAACUAGAAGAAGAUGACGAUUGUGAUGAUAAUUUUGUGAAACGUCCUUUAUCCAACAGCAGAGCAGCUGUGACUGGCCUCAAGAGAAACAGCAAGAGAGCAUUGGAUUUGAGGAAUUCACAGAACUCCGGAUUAACUGCUGACACAACAGACAAUGUUCGACGUACUAGAUCAAGGAAGGUGCAAACGUAACCAUCUAAUCUAAGUAUUAACUGGUUUCUUUGCAAUAUAUAAGAUGCUGAUGUACAUCUGUUACUGAGUAUUGGAUGCUGAUGUGCAUCUUGGUGAGUAUAGUGAUGAAAAAAAAUCUCGGUUUUGAUCAUCCAUGAAACCUUGUAGAUACAAAGGUGGAUAGUCGAAUGUGUCUAGAUUGUCAGUUAUGUAGUUUUUUUUUCUUUUUUGAAACUGUCACUUAUGUAACUUAUCCGACCGAGAUAAAAGAUUACCAUGUUAGUUCAA